AUGAGCUCGAGCAAUUUGACCGGGUUUGUGUUGGCCGUGGUUUCCAGCGCUUUCAUUGGCUCCAGCUUCAUCAUCAAGAAAAAGGGUCUCCAACUCGCAAGUGUCAAUGGCCCACGUGCAAGCGUUGGUGGCUAUGGUUACUUGCUUCAACCCCUCUGGUGGGUCGGGAUGAUUACCAUGAUUGUUGGAGAGAUAGCUAAUUUUGUGGCGUACAUUUAUGCCCCUGCUGUGCUUGUUACUCCUCUCGGUGCUUUGAGUAUAAUUGUAAGUGCCGUUUUAGCUCAUUUUCUCUUGAAGGAGAAGCUCCAGAAAAUGGACGUGUUGGGUUGUCUUCUAUGCAUUGUGGGAUCCACUGUUGUUGUGCUCCAUGCGCCUGAAGAGAAGACUCUUAAUUCUGUGCAAGAAAUAUGGGAAUUGGCCAUUCAACCUGCAUUCCUCUCGUAUACAGCCUCUGCCAUUGCAGUGACAUUGUUCUUGGUUUUGUAUUGUGCUCCCCGUUAUGGCCAGACUAAUAUUUUUGUUUAUAUUGGAAUAUGCUCGAUAGUUGGGUCCUUGACUGUCAUGAGUGUAAAAGCAAUUGGCAUUGCCAUAAAACUUACAAUAGAAGGCUCAAACCAGGCUUUCUACUUUCAGACAUGGAUUUUUACAAUGGUUCUUGUCACCUGCGUCAUUGUCCAACUAAAUUACCUUAAUAUGGCAUUGGAUAAUUUUAACACAGCAGUUGUUUCUCCAAUCUAUUAUGCAUUGUUCACAGCUUUUACAAUAUUAGCCAGUGCAAUUAUGUUUAAGGACUAUUCUGGUCAAAGUAUAAGCAGCAUUGUGUCAGAGCUAUGUGGUUUAAUCACCAUUUUAUCAGGAACGACUUUAUUGCACAGUACAAAAGAGCCAGAUUCUCCAAUCAUUACAGAUUUAUAUACACCUUUGUCUCCAAAAGUGUCAUGGUACAUCCAAGGCAAUGGGGAACCUUGGAAACCGAAGGAGGAGGAUGUGCCACCCUUUAAUUUGAUCACAAUUGUACGGCAAGACCAUUUCAAGUGA